UUAGAUCUGUUUCUGUUUUUUCUUGUGCAAAAUGCACAAUCAUUGUCAUAUUGUACAUUCUGAUAAAUGAUUCAGUUUUAAUGCUGUUUGGUUGCUGAAAAAAAAAAGUUUUUAAAGAGUCUUCAAGUUUACAUCACUUUGGCUUUUAACUGCAUUAAAUGGUACCCUAAUAAUGAUUAUUGACAAUAAAAGUGACAGCUCAUGGAAACUGUAUGAAAUAUGUUGUUUUCUUCCUUUUGCUCAGCAUCCAGAUGGAGGUGAUGGGUUAUAAUUCUUGCUCAUAGUUUUUGUUCCUUUGAUUUUGCAGGUUUUUGUGUUUCAAGUUGAAAGCUUUCCUAGAAGUGCCUAGUGUUAAACUGUUAGUCAAAAAGCUAUAAUCUUUUUAUCCUUUUGUCUUCCUUCACUUAUUUUUAUUCUUCCUUAGUUAGAGAUUUGAACCUUCAGUACUCAAACUGCCCCCUGCUUUUGCCUUUUUGAGCUUUGAACUGUUAAUGCUGUAGCAGUUAAGUUUUUGGUGGCCCUGUAUCAAAAUUCUAAUUUUUUCUGAUAACCCUUGUUGUCUCUUGCAAAACUGUUGAGUGUUCUUUAGAAGAAAGAUGCAGAAGCCUCCACAAUCAGUAGACUUUGCCCUGAAGGAAACCUCGCCCAACAUUGGGGCAGGAGCUAUCACGGGCGAUAAGCUUUCGUGUACCUAUGAUCUCGUUGAGCAAAUGCAAUACCUCUAUGUUCGAGUUGUCAAGGCGAAGGAUUUACCUGGAAAAGAUGUUACUGGUAGUUGUGAUCCCUAUGUUGAGGUUAAACUUGGAAACUACAAGGGAACUACCAAACAUUUCGAAAAGAAGAGCAAUCCUGAAUGGAAUCAAAUAUUUGCUUUCUCAAAAGAAAGAAUUCAAGCUUCUGUUUUAGAAGUGUUAGUGAAGGACAAGGAUGUUGUCAUAGAUGAUUUAAUAGGCAGGGUUAUGUUUGAUCUCAAUGAAAUUCCAAAAAGGGUUCCUCCAGACAGCCCACUGGCACCACAGUGGUACAGAUUGGAAGAUCGAAAGGGUGAUAAAGCGAAGGGAGAGCUCAUGCUGGCUGUUUGGAUGGGAACUCAAGCAGAUGAGGCAUUUCCUGAUGCAUGGCAUUCAGAUGCUGCACCGGUUGGCCCUGAUGGUGUUGCAAACAUCCGAUCAAAAGUGUAUCUUUCCCCUAAGCUUUGGUAUGUGAGGUUGAAUGUGAUUGAAGCUCAAGACUUGGUACCUAGUGAUAAAAGCAGGUUCCCUGAAGUUUUUGUGAAAGCUGUUCUUGGGAAUCAGGCUUUCAGAACUAGAAUAUCUCAAAGUAAGACUAUCAAUCCAAUGUGGAAUGAGGACUUAAUGUUUGUAGCUGCUGACCCUUUUGAGGAGCCUUUGGUUCUAACUGUGGAAGAUAGGGUGGGACCAAACAAGGAUGAAACCUUGGGGAAGUGUGCAAUUUCUCUGAAUGUUGUGCAGAGAAGGUUAGACCAUAAACCUGUGAACAGUAGGUGGUACAAUCUGGAGAAACAUGUGAUUGUGGAUGGAGAGAAAAAAGAAAUAAAAUUUGCCAGUAGGAUUCACUUAAGGAUCUGUUUAGAAGGAGGGUAUCAUGUUUUGGAUGAAUCUACACACUACAGUAGUGAUCUUAGGCCAACAGCAAAACAAUUAUGGAAACGCAGCAUUGGAAUUCUGGAACUGGGUGUUAUAAGUGCUCAUGGGCUGAUGCCGAUGAAAACAAAAGAUGGACGAGGAACUACAGACGCUUAUUGUGUGGCUAAGUAUGGGCAGAAAUGGAUCCGGACACGGACAAUUGUUGACAACUUUAUGCCAAAGUGGAAUGAGCAAUACACUUGGGAGGUUUUUGACCCAUGUACUGUCAUUACAAUAGGGGUUUUCGAUAAUGGUCAUAUACAUGGGGGAGCUGGAGGGGCAAAGGAUGCAAGAAUUGGGAAGGUAAGGAUUCGGCUUUCUACACUUGAAGCUGAUAGGGUCUAUACUCACUCGUAUCCUCUUCUAGUGCUACAUUCUUCAGGGGUUAAGAAGACAGGUGAAGUUCAGUUGGCUGUGAGGUUCACCUGCUUAACUUUGAUUAACAUGCUGCAUAUGUAUUCACAGCCACUGUUGCCUAAGAUGCACUACAUCCAUCCAUUGUCUGUGAUUCAGCUUGAUAGCUUGAGGCACCAGGCUAUGCAGAUUGUCUCAAUGAGGCUGAGCCGGGCUGAGCCACCAUUGAGGAAGGAAGUUGUGGAGUACAUGCUCGAUGUUGAUUCACAUAUGUGGAGCAUGAGGAGAAGCAAAGCAAACUUCUUCAGAAUUAUGGGAGUUCUAAGUGGGUUGAUUGCAGUUGGAAAAUGGUUUGAUCAAAUCUGCAAUUGGAGAAACCCUCUGACAACCAUUUUGAUUCAUAUCCUUUUCAUUAUAUUGGUUCUUUACCCUGAGCUAAUACUUCCCACAGCUUUUCUCUACCUUUUCCUAAUUGGAAUCUGGAACUACCGAUGGAGGCCACGGCACCCUCCUCACAUGGACACACGGCUCUCUCAUGCUGAUGCUGCCCAUCCUGACGAAUUGGAUGAAGAGUUUGAUACCUUCCCCACUUCUCGGCCUUCGGAUAUUGUCAAGAUGAGAUAUGAUCGUCUAAGAAGUAUAGCAGGGAGAGUUCAGACGGUGAUUGGCGAUUUGGCAACUCAAGGGGAAAGGUUUCAGUCUCUGCUAAGCUGGAGGGACCCGAGAGCAACCACUCUAUAUGUGACGUUCUGUUUGAUCGCUGCAAUUGUUCUUUAUGUUACACCGUUCCAAGUUGUGGCCCUCCUCAUAGGCCUUUAUGUCCUAAGGCAUCCCAGGUUCCGCCUCAAACUUCCAUCUAUACCUCUUAACUUCUUUAGGAGGUUGCCUGCAAGAUCGGACAGUAUGUUAUGAGCACAACCAACCAUUAUAUGUUACGCCUUUUCAUUGAAUGUCUGGUUAUGCAAAUAUCGAACUAGGGCAAACGAAGCGGUACUUGGAGUUCUUUAGUUGUCGAUCAAUGCGUGGUUUUGUUAUAAAUUGUAAUGUCUAAUUUUCAUGCGACUGUAGCCUCGUUUAUGUUUUCUAUCAAUCUGUUGUCCUUAUGCUGUCAAUUUCUAGAUUUCAACUUCACCAUAAGAUAUGGUUUCGAUCUCAUCCCAAAUGAUGUAAGCUUAUUCUAUGUGAAUGGUAACCAGAUGACUCUCAAACAGGUUUUUUCUUUUUGUUUUUAGAUUGUGUGGAGGGAUUCGACCCGUCUUUGAGUAAGGGGAUCCUGCAUUAUCGACCGAGUUAAAUGUUUA